UAAUUUUUCAAAUAAAAAAAAAUAAUAUUAAUCUAUAAUUUGUCCAAGAAGAAUCGAGGAGUACAGCAUAAUGGAUUCGAACAUCUCAUUUUGCGACAAAUGAAAAAGUAAAUCUCGCUUAAUAUUAUUGAUGAUAAUUUUGUUUCUUCGUGCAAACGCGACACAUUCAUUAAACAAAAAAAAAAUAAAGGGGAGAGGGAGAAAGAGUGAAGUACAGAGCGAGGAAAAGGAGUAAAAAAAGGGAAAGAGAAAAAUUGAUUUUUCUUCUGCAACAUAAAUAUAAAAAUAAACAGAAAAGAAGUGAAAAAGGAAAAAAAGAAUCUUCCAUGAAGAGCCGUCGUCACAUUUGUCAUCAUCAUAAUCAUCAUAAAAAACAUAGUAAUAAUCACCUCAAUCGUUUGUAGUGAGGACGGAAAAGCACGUGUGGUGAGGAAGAUUGAUAGAAAAAUAUUGACCGAAUCGAGUGACGACAGUUUGAGUAAGAAAAACAAACAACAUAUAUGAGGAAGAAUAAUGACCGUCCGUCGUAAAGUGUUGCAUCAAAUUACAACAUACACAUGCAUACUACUAUUGGCACUAAUUCUUAUAAUCAAAAUCGAGCCAUCAAUAACGGCGAGUACAUCAAAUAGUAAUAACAUUAUAUUGUCGCAAUAUCAAUUACAAAAUGAUUCUUAUUUUACUCAUUUGGUGUAUGAUAAAAGACGCUCUAGUCUGUAUGCGGGCGCAACAAAUCGGAUUAUUCAGUUUAAUAAGAACCUUACUGUAAUCAAUAGUAGUGUCACAGGACCAAAGCCCGAUAGUCCGGUGUGUCACGCAGGCGGUUGUCCAGACGAUGUUGAAACAAUCGAAACGAAUAAUUUUAAUAAGCUUUUAAUACUAAAUACGUACGGCGAUGCAUUAAUUUCGUGUGGAAGUUUACAUCAAGGAGCUUGCGAAAUUUAUGAGAAUCUUAAUAACUUUCCCAAAUCACCGAGAUAUAUUGAACUGCCAGUGGUUGCCAACGAUGAGAAUUCAAGCAGUUAUGCAUUUAUAGGACCGUCACGUUACACUGCUUGGCAGCGGGAAGAUAUACUGUAUGUUGGAACGACAUUUACAAAUGUCGGUGAUUAUCGUGAUAAUGUGCCAGCAAUUGCAUCUAGAAAAUUGGACGACCUAAAUUAUGCAGAAUUUUCUAUACAACAAUCAAAUAUUAAUAUUGAUGUGAAAUAUCGAGAUCAUUUCCUCGUAAAUUACAUAUACGGAUUUAAUAGUACCGAUUUUGCAUAUUUUAUGCUAGUUCAAAAGAAGAAUCAUUUAGUAGAGGAAGCAGGUUAUCACACGCGUCUUUCACGAAUUUGUGUAACCGAUCCAAAUUAUGAUAGUUAUACAGAGGUUACACUCUCUUGCUUAGUUAAGAAUCAAGAUUAUAAUAUUCUUCGUGACGCUAAGCUAACGGAAGCUGGUACGCGAUUAGGACAAAAACUAGGAAUACGUAAAGAUGAUCAAGUUCUUGUGGCAACUUUUUCACCUAGCAAAGAAAUUACAUCAGAGACACAAAAUUCAUCGGCGAUUUGUGUCUACACGCUCAAAGAUAUUGAAGAAAUGUUUAAUGAGAACAUUCACAUGUGUUUUAAUGGAACGACUAAGGAUCGUAAUUUAGGAUACAUUUCUGGCUCAAUAUUAGAUGGAAAAUGUCCUCUAGUCGGAUCCAUUGGAAAUAUACAUGACUUUUGUCAUGCUGGCCUAAAAAUUUCCGGUGUUGCUGCAAUUGUAGCAAAUGCAAUCUUUAAUUUCGACAGUGAAUCAGUAACAUCAAUAACAACAACACUCACGGGGCCUCAUACAGUAGCAUUUCUCGGCACGACGGAAGGUAAUAUCAAGAAGGUUUUAUUAUCAGAUCCAUCAGCAGGUGAAUAUGACCGUGUUGAAGUUGAUCCUGAUAAUCUUAUAUUGCCUGAUACAAUGGUGUCGCCAGAACAAGACUUCCUUUAUGUACUCUCGAGGAAAAAGAUUACAAAAAUGAGAAUUGAAAAUUGUGCAUCACAUACCACAUGCUCAAGUUGCUUAGAAUCAAACGACGUCUUCUGUGGCUGGUGUAGUUUAGAGAAGAGAUGUACAGUCAGGGGUGCAUGUCAACGUGAUACAAGUGCAUCAAGGUGGCUCUCAAUUGGUGUUGGACAGCAGUGCAUCGACUUUGAAACUGCAAUUCCCGAUAAAGUACCAAUAAAUCAAAUGACGACAGUUAAUCUUGUGAUAAAAACACUUCCAGAGCUGCCAUCAAAUGCGAAAUAUAAAUGUGUAUUUGGUAAUUCAACACCCAUCGAUGCGGCAGUGACCGAGAAUGGAUUGAUAUGUCAAACGCCACAACUUAAAUAUCGUCCACCAAUAGAGCUUGGGAAGGAUCACAUUCUCGUUCCAUUAUCCGUUCGCUCAAGUGAGACAAACAAGGACUUUGUAUCGAGGAGCUUUGCAUUCUUCGACUGUUCCGUACAUGACUCAUGCUUUAAGUGCUUGAAAUCACAAUGGAACUGCAAUUGGUGCAUAUACGAUAAUAAAUGUGUUUUUCAAAAUUCAACAUGCAGAAAUACAGCGAGCAUGAUAAGUGCUGAAAAUCAAUGUCCUCGCAUAAAGCCACCGAAAAACGAAAUUUUGUUGCCCAAUAAAGUGCCAAAAGAGAUAAAAUUGGAAAUAAUUAAUUUACCACGCCCGCAAAGUGCUCACUCGGGAUUUUUAUGCAUUGUGAACAUCGAAGGUGCUCACAUGAUUUUACCAGCACGAAUUGAGGCAAAUAAAUACAUUGUGUGCGAUAAAACACCCUACUCAUAUGAGGCAAAUACGAACGAAUAUAAAGCAAAAGUUGAUGUUACGUGGAAUAGAAAUCAUUAUAUUGAUACUAUCAGUAUAACACUCUACAAAUGCGAUGUCCUGGGCUCACAUAAAGAACAUGCUGAUUGUAGCUUGUGUGUCACACGUGAUCUAAAAUAUCAAUGCACUUGGUGCAAUAAACAAUGUGUAUUUAAUGAUACUUGCAUGCAUGGCGCGGCUGCAGAAUGUCCUCGACCACGAAUUGACUCAAUAAAGCCAUUAAGUGGACCGAUUGAAGGUGGAACUUUGGUGUCAAUUGAAGGAAGUAAUCUUGGUAUACGUGAAGAUGACGUUCGAGGAAAAAUAAGGAUAGGAAAUGUUCCAUGUGAAUUAGUAAAUUACGAAAUAUCCGUAAAAAUUGAAUGCAGAACGGGACCGGUAGAUAAGGAAAUGACUGCAACCGUAAAAGUCGGAAAUGAAGCAGGAAUAACAGAGUCGAAUGUAUACUUUCAAUACAAGGAUUUUAAAAUUGAUCGAAUUUUACCGACACAAGGGCCACAAUCAGGUGGAACACAACUUCAAAUAUUCGGACGUCAUUUGAAUAUUGGAUCCAGCGUUAUUGCAUAUUUAGAUGAUUAUAUUUGCCAUAUUAACCUUACACAUGCUACAAAUGAUCGCCUUGUAUGUACAACAACCGCCUCACGUUCACCUGAAUUUAUUCGAACCCUCACAUUAAUUGUUGAUCUCGCAAACCGAACCCUUCAAUGUAAAAACGGAAGAGGCCAUAAUUCAAAUGAUAUCGGAAUGGUAGCAUCGUACAAUGGAGUUGGUAAUGGCGGCAGUAUGCGUCAUGGUGCUUGUAGUAUAUAUAAUUACACAGUCGAUCCGAAAAUCAUGCAAAUAAAGCCUUUGAAGAGCUUCAAGAGCGGUGGACGCAUGAUAACGGUGCACGGUACAAAUCUGCAUACAAUACAAAAUCCACAAAUGGAGGUAAUUUUCGGUGACGAUAGUAUUAAUCGAACAGAUUGUACUGUAAUUAAUCCAAAUCAAAUGGAAUGUCCAUCGCCAUCGGUUACCGAAAAAUUUCGUACGUAUUUCAUAGCACAAAAGAGUAAAACAAAACGUAAUGUUAUAAGCAACAUCGAUGCAUAUCCAACUGCUACACGAGAAAUGACACCACAACCUUCAUCCUACAUGGCUCCAUCUGCAGCGUUUGCUAUACAAGAGACACAAUUAAAUUUCCAAAUAAGUUUCAUAAUGGACAACGUGAAAACUGUACGAGACCUAAACAAACAUUUUCAACAUAUAAGAAGCAAUUUAAUAUACGUUGAUGAUCCAGUAUUUUUUCCAUUUUUAAAUUCAAUAAGAUUGUAUAAAGGUGAUACAUUGGUCAUUGAGGGUGAGAAUUUGAAUCUUGCAUGCGACGAGAGCGAUGUUAUUGUGACAGUUGGUUCACUACAUUGCAAUGUUACGAGUUUGGCACUAGCACAAUUAGUUUGCACCCCUCCCGCUCAACAGCCUGCGUCCACCGAUGAAAAUGGCAAUGAAAAUGAUAUCGAUUUACCAUUAGUUGUCGUACGAGUUGGACAAAAAUUACGAUUCCCACUCGGCUACUUGAAAUAUGAUUUAUUAAAGCCAUAUGCCUUCUCGCAAGCAAUGAUUGUGAUUGCAGCAUCAACAUUCGUCCUAGCUAUUGUGCUCGUAUUCAUUUUGAUAAUUUAUCGACGAAAAACAACCCAAGCGGAACGUGAAUAUAAAAAGAUACAAAUUCAAAUGGAUACAUUAGAAAGUAAUGUACGAUUAGAGUGCAAACAAGCUUUUGCCGAAUUACAAACGGAUAUAUUAGAUUUAACAGCCGAUAUAGAGAAUCAAGGAAUUCCUGCAUUGGAUCAUGUCAAUUAUAUUAUGAAAGUCUUCUUCCCCGGUGUAUCGGAUCAUCCGAUAUUAAAUGGACAUAAAGGACGUAUGAAUAUGUUACGUACAAAUUAUGAUGCUGCCAUGUUGCAAUUUGAGCAACUUAUAAAUAAUAAAUUCUUCCUCCUCACGUUUAUUGAGACAUUGGAAGCACAACGUACUUUUAAUAUUCGUGAUAAAGUCAACGUUGCAUCGUUAUUGAUGGUAGUACUAAUGAAUAAAAUGGAAUAUGCAACAGACAUACUUAAGUUGCUCCUAUUACGUCUCGUUGAUAAAUCCGUGAUGACUAAACACCCACACUUGAUGUUGAGACGUACAGAGAGUGUCGUCGAGAAAAUGUUGACAAAUUAUAUGGCUAUUUGUAUGUACAAUUAUCUAAGAGAAUAUAGUGGCUCAUCACUCUUUCUCUUAUUUAAAGCCAUAAAACAUCAAGUGGAGAAAGGAUUAGUUGAUGCAAUCACACAUGAGGCACGCUAUUCAUUGUCCGAGGAUCGUUUGUUACGAGAACAAAUAGAUACAAAUGUUGUGACAUUACAUAUAUUACAGGAUGAUUUAGAAGAAAAAGUGCAAUGCAAAGUCCUUGAUCAGGACACAAUAACACAAGUCAAAUCGAAAAUUCUUGAUAGUCUCUUUAAAAAUACACCAUUCUCAAUGCGUCCAUCAGUACAUGAUGUUGAUCUCGAAUGGAGGCAUGGUAGAGGUGGACAUCUGACAUUGCAGGAUGAAGAUCUGACAACAAAAACCCUUAAUGGGUGGAAAAGACUUAAUACAUUAGCUCAUUACGGAGUCAAAGAAUCGGCUGUGAUGUCAUUAGUAGCACGACAGCAUGAUUCGUUUAAUAUUAAUACAUAUAGUAAAAACAUGUAUCCAAAUUGCUAUUAUAUUAACAAUACACAAACCCAUGUGUUAAUUAAUGGCGUGCUGGAUUCAUCAGGUAUGCACCAUCAUCACCAUCCUCAGCUGAUUAAUCAGCAGCAAACGCUCACAACCAGUAGUCAUAAGCAACAGUAUUGUCGUGUCUAUCAUCUGGUCAAAUCAAAUAUGGAUGAGCAUUAUUUUGGCAUGACAACAUUCGGUAAUAAAAAUCAAUCGCAUCAUCCGUUCUUACCACCGUCCAAUAACAAUAAUGCAACUGUAGAGAGGACACAUAAAGCCAUUCCAGAAAUUUACUUAACACGGCUGUUAGCAACGAAAGGAACGAUACAGAAGUUUGUAGACGAUUUCUUUACAACAAUUUUAACUGUGAAUGAAAAACUUCCACCUGCCGUAAAAUGGCUUUUCGAUUUACUCGAUGAUGCUGCUCGUAGACAUCCCGAGACUAAUGAUCCAAAAAUCAUUCAUGCCUGGAAGUCAAAUAGUUUGCCCUUGAGGUUUUGGGUGAAUUUUAUAAAGAAUCCAGAUUUUAUAUUUGAUAUAAAUAAGACGGUGACAGUAGAUGCGUGCCUAAGUGUAGUCGCUCAAACAUUUAUGGAUGCAUGUUCAACAAAUGAGCAUCGUUUGGGAAAGGACUCGCCAUCAAAUAAAUUGCUGUUUGCUAAAGACUUGCCACAUUAUAGAGAUAUGGUGUCAACAUUUUAUGCGGAUAUUGCUCGUUUACCUCAAAUCAGUGAUCAAGAAAUGUGCACUUCAAUGCAGCAAUUGUCCAUUCAACAGAACGAUGAAUUUGAUACAAUCGCAGCUCUAAAAGAACUGUAUAUCUACGUGACGACAUAUAAGGAACAAAUAAUUGAAGCCCUCGAAAUGGACAUCAAUUGCAAAAAACUCCAUCUUGCCAAUAAACUAAAGAAUGUUGGCGUCACGUUAGAUGGUAUGGAUGAUUGCUGACAAAUAAAAGAUUCAAUUCUUGAUAAUUUUAACUUAUACGACUGUAAAUAGUUGAAGAUUUUAAAUGAAAUAAUAAUGAUAAUAGAAUGAUGCAAACAGAUUGAUUAAAUAAUUCAUUUUAUUUAAUUGAUGAUGAAAAUUUAACAAAACAAAAAAAUGAAAUGAAAAAAAUUUUUUUUUCAAUUCAUUUCAAACGGAAUGGAAAGAUAUAAAAGGAUAUUU